UCUCAACUCAAAUCAACUCAAACACAAUCUCUUCAAGCCUAUUCUCAUCUUCUCUUCAACACUUUACGAACCUUUGGUCGUCAACCUAAACUUUCACUUCCUUCAACCGAUCAUGUCUGCCGAACCUACCUCCUCUGUGCAACCACCUCAACAUGCUCGCCAGCCUGGUCGUGGUCGUGGUCGUGGUCGUGGUGGCGGUCGCGGUGGUCAUCCGAAUCCUAAUGGCGGUGGUCAUCCGAAUCCCAAUGGCGGUGGUCGUUCAAAUCCGAACCCAAAUCCUACCCCUGGUGCUGGUGCUCGUCGAAGCAGAGGUGGAAGACAAUUUGGAUCUCAACUUACGACUGAUGACAAACCACCUUCGACCGUACAGGCACCCGUCACUCAGCCACAUGAAAUUCAUAAACCAUCUAUCAAAUCCGAUCCGGUGAAUUCUACAAACGGCCUUGAGAUUGAUCUCAAGUCCAAGGGUAAAUCGAAGAUUGUAGAUACGCCAGCAGAAGUCGAGCCCGACGAAGCAGAGAUAUGCUUUAUCUGUGCACAGCCCGUCCAACAUUACGCACUGGGUGUCUGCUCACAUCGGACCUGUCAUGUAUGUGCUAUCAAGAUGCGGGCGCUUUAUAAUAAGCGUGAGUGUACGUUCUGUAAGACCGAUCUGCCCGAGAUGAUCAUCACCGAGGAUUCUUCAGCCCCCUAUGGAACGUAUGACCUGGCCAGCUUCCAAUAUAAAGACUCUAAACUUUCGAUCUUUUGCGAAACCUUUCAACAAUUAGAAGAACUCUUGGGAUUAUUAAAGUUCAAUUGUCCACAUCCCCAAUGUUCUAUCGUGCUCACAAACUGGCGGGAGCUCAAAUCACAUACCACAUCUAGUCAUGGACUUUCUCUAUGCGAUUUAUGUUGUACAAAUAAGAAGGUUUUUGCACACGAACACACUCUUUUCACUCGCGAUGGGCUUGUUAAACAUAAGAAUAUAGGAUCAGUUGGGACAGGAAAAGGUUUCUUAGCCACACAAGCCGAAGGUGAAGGUCAUAGUCUCGUGGGAGAUGACGGAUUCAAAGGCCACCCCAAGUGCGAAUUCUGUUCGACUCACUUUUAUGGUGAUGACGAAUUAUACAAGCAUUGUAGGGAGAAACACGAACAAUGUUUUAUCUGCGCAGCCCACUUUCGUACCGAUCAUCAUAUAUGCACCCACUCUGGCUGUCUUCAGGAUAAAUUUGUCGUAUUUGAAACUGCAUUUGAACUUCAAUCUCAUCUAGUCGAAAAACAUGGUGCAGAAAUGGGUACAAAGGCCAUCAAAGAUGCUAGGAAGAUUGAGACCAACUUCGUCUACAGUACUUCUCGUGAACAACAUGCUCAAGGCUCUUUUCAUGGUCGUGCAGGCCCUAGCGAUCAAGAAAAUCUUCAGGCGAUGAGCAUCUCGCCUGUAGUUAUUGGAACUGCAACCAAUCUAUCUAAUGCCAAUAGAAUUGUCCCAGGCUUAGGUAACAAUUCCAGGGAUCCGGUGGGCACAAGUCGGAGACGAGAAAAAUCCAAGUUCAAGUCUACUCUCACUACUGACUCGGUACAGGAUGGCCAGUCGCCUUCAGGUCAGGUGACUGGACCCGAAGAAGUGGACCACACGCUUAGUUCUAGUGCGGAUGUUGUUGAGCGCCAAAAACACGCGGCUCUUAUGCAAAAGGUUAAAGAUGCCGCUGGUGGAUCCGAGAAUAAGGUGGUCUCCUUUCGAAGUGCUGUCAAAACCUAUCUUAACAACGAGAUGAGCGUAUCUGGCUUCCUGGAUGUAUUGUCCACAAUCUUUGAAGGACGUAGCGAGGCUUUGGGUGGUAUCAUCAAUGGCCUUUUGAAUCUUGAGAUGGACCAAGACCGGAAGACUGAACUACUGAAGGCGUGGAAAGAUUUACAGGCUAUUAAAACACAGUUUCCGUCUCUUGAUCAUGCUGGAUCUUCACGAGCAGCUCAGGCUUCAUAUUCCAAUCCUAAUAUGCGUGUUGCCACAACUUGGACUCGUGGGGAUACCUCCAUGUCUCAAUUCCCAUUACCAGGUCGUUCAAAGAAUGAAACAGUCAAAACGAAUCCCCCAGGUCGAGAGGUCCCUGGUAUGACGCCCAGGACCGCAAAGCCUGGCAUACGACCCACCCCUUGGUCUGGUGCCAACUCCGCCUCAUCCUCUUCUAACCAUAUUCCCCGAGUCACCCAAUCAAGACCACCAAACCAGCCAACGAAAUCAUCAACCCAAAUUCAACAAACCAAACCGAUCCAAAAACCCACUGAAGCCAAUUUCCCAGGUUUACCCAUCAAUCAUGCGAUUUUAAACCGACAAACAAAAGUCAAACAAAUGUUAGAAAGUAAUUCGAGUAAUGGAAGAUCAACGACCAUCAUCGAUCAACCAUUCUCACCUAAUGGUGAAGAUCGAUUAGGUACAGGCUGGAUUAAUCGUAGAGCUGAGUCUAGUACAAGUUCUACAUCACCUACUCCACCUCUACCUCAAACCUCAUCAGGUAAAAAACCACCCAAGAAGGUCGUCUUGUUUACUAAUGCUCGACCUGCUUGAAGGGUAUGGUAAGAAGUUUAAAUUAAUGGAUCACAUAGGGUUCUUGUUCAGAUCAAUUCAUAAUUCUUUAGAUAUUGAAGAUGUGUUGUAUUGAAAAGUUUGGAGAGUCAAUGAAUUUGUAUCACUCUUGUUUUUUUUCUUGAAAAUAGAUUGCUUUUAUAUGUGUUUGGAUUAUUAUAGAUGAGGUGACCAAAUGCCAAAAGAUAAAAUUCU